CUAUAAUCUUGAUCUACUACAUCCAGAAUGUUAUCAUUUCAACAUGUGAUUCAUAUAAUAGUGACUAAUGAGGUAUUACUUACACUCUUUUUUUGUACUAAGUCUUUGAACUCCUGUGUGUAUUCUACAUUGACAGGACAUCUCAUUUUGGACUAACCACAUUUCAAGUGCUCAGUAUUCACACAUGGAUACUGUGCAGGACAGCACACACUAAUUGGUAACAUAAAUACAAGUUAGUGAAGAUUUGUGAAGUACUUUAUGGUUUCCAAAAGUCUUUUGGCAUUUAAAUCUUGCAUCAGCCCCAGCAGGUGGAUGCUUAUCAUUUCCAUUUUGUAGAGAAGAGGCUGCAGCAAUUACCUGUAGGUCACCCAAGCUCAUCCAGCUAGUAAAUGGUGAACUCAAUUCUUGUCUUAAACCUGGGCACUUUCCCUUUUGCUUGCUUGCCUAAACAAGCAAUACAAAGACAAACUUAAUAUUAUCAUACACAUACGUCCCAUGGCUCAUUGCAGUAGUACAGGAGAGAAACAAUUAUUUCAAAAUCCACCUACAAUCUAGUCUCCAAAAAUCCUGCCCAGUUUAAUUGCACCACAAUCUAUUAACUGUAAUUCUAAAAACAUGUGUGUUGGAUAAUCUUCCAGCUCUAAUGUGCUGUGAAUUAAAAAAAUGCCGUAGGCAGGCAUAAAAAAAUCCUACCCUCCUCUAUUAUAUUCUCCAUCUGAUAUAGAAUAUAUGAUAUACACAUAUUCUAUAAAUGAAUACAUGAUAGAGUCUAUCAUGUAGUGAUUUACUUUUUACUUUUGUGAACUACAACGUGGUAGGGUAGGAAAUGAGAAAGCUUAAAAAGCCUAAUUUUCUCACUAAAGCAUAACCAGACACAGCAGCCUAUUAGGGGUUUCUCCGCCAGAAGAUGGCAGGCAGUCAGGGGGGACAGAGUUCGACCCGCGACAGGCCAACUGAUUUCCCCAAAGAAAUGCCAAGGGCAGCUAACCGCCCUCCUGGCCCUCGAAACUACUCCUUGAGGGCCCAGAACUUCCCGGAGGAGCCAGACGAGGCCCUCAGGAGCCACAGCUCUCCCUGACUUGGCCUGUAUUUGCACCCCUAGGGAUCCUAUUCCCUUUCCCGACGCAGUGCAAGGAAUAGGAGCGGAAUGGGGGCUGAAAGGCAAUAAAAACUUGUAAAGCCGUAUCUGCUAGUUCUCUCGGUGGGCUAUGUUCCUGCAAAUAUCCUCCACAAGAAGUAAAAUGGGUGGCUAGGAAGAGGUUAAGGCUCCCUCCUCAGGGCUGCCGGGACGGCCUCGAGGGCUUUUCUGUUUAGGUCCCAAUUCCUCCCGGAUCCGUACAUUCACACGAGCGCAGGGCAACAAUCUGAGCGAGUGUUCGUGUGUGCCCGUGUGACUCGCCAUCGCAUGGCAGAUGUUCAGUAGAACAUUACAGUAAUUUCUGUUACAGGCCCAUGGGCGCAGGUCCCUGAGCCCACAGCUUCGCGGUGGUCUGGCCGAGCAUGCGUCACAACCUACGCGGCCAAGAGCAGUGCGCACGCGCAAAGUAACACGGGACUGCCAGCAACUUCCGGGCGUUUGCAGGCAGGGCAGUGACGUGUCCUAAGGGUCCGACCGACCUAGAUACCCCUCUUUGGUUCCUCCUCUUGGGAUUAGUGUCCAUCUCUGGAAACAGGAUCCAGGAGGACGGGAGGGGCCGCUGCGGACCGCAGUCGCUCCACCUGGAGGAGACACCAGCUAUCUCUGGAGACAGCCUGAGGGACGCAGCGACCCACGGCUCCUACCGCCGCCCCGCCUCGCGCAUGCGCAAGCGCACAGGGAGUCAGCUGGCUGCGCGGGAGGUCACGGGAAGCGGGGCGGUGCCCAGACAGCUGGAGGGAGGGAGGUGUCAGGCGGGGAGAGACGCAAACGGCGGGACCAGCAGCGACGGUAGCAGCAGCAUGGCCGCGAUCUGUGGGGGUGUAGAGGGGGGAGGCACACGGUCCAAGGUCCUUUUAGUCUCAGAGGAUGGGAAGAUCCUGGCAGAAGCAGAUGGACUGAGCACAAACCACUGGCUGAUCGGGACAGACAAGUGUGUGGAGAGGAUCAAUGAGAUGGUGAACAGGGCCAAACGGAAAGCAGGGGUGGAUCCUCUGGUACCGCUGCGAAGCUUGGGCCUAUCUCUGAGCGGUGGGGACCAGGAGGACGCGGGGAGGAUCCUGAUCGAGGAGCUGAGGGACCGAUUUCCCUACCUGAGUGAAAGCUACUUAAUCACCACGGAUGCCGCCGGCUCCAUCGCCACAGCUACACCGGAUGGUGGAGUUGUGCUCAUAUCUGGAACAGGCUCCAACUGCAGGCUCAUCAACCCUGAUGGCUCCGAGAGUGGCUGCGGCGGCUGGGGCCAUAUGAUGGGUGAUGAGGGUUCAGCCUACUGGAUCGCACACCAAGCAGUGAAAAUAGUGUUUGACUCCAUUGACAACCUAGAGGUGGCUCCUCAUGAUAUCGGCUACGUCAAACAGGCCAUGUUCCACUAUUUCCAGGUGCCAGAUCGGCUAGGGAUACUCACUCACCUGUAUAGGGACUUUGAUAAAUGCAGGUUUGCUGGGUUUUGCCGGAAAAUUGCAGAAGGUGCUCAGCAGGGAGACCCCCUUUCCCGCUAUAUCUUCAGGAAGGCUGGGGAGAUGCUGGGCAGACACAUCGUAGCAGUGUUGCCCGAGAUUGACCCGGUCUUGUUCCAGGGCGAGAUUGGACUCCCUAUCCUGUGCGUGGGCUCUGUGUGGAAGAGCUGGGAGCUGCUGAAGGAAGGUUUUCUUUUGGCGCUGACCCAGGGCAGAGAGAUCCAGGCUCAGAACUUCUUCUCCAGCUUCACCCUGAUGAAGCUGAGGCACUCCUCCGCUCUGGGUGGGGCCAGCCUAGGGGCCAGGCACAUCGGGCACCUCCUCCCCAUGGACUAUAGCGCCAAUGCCAUUGCCUUCUAUUCCCACACCUUCUCCUAGGGGGCUGGUCCUGGCUCCACCCACUCCAAGCUCAGUGGACACUGGGUCUGGAAGGAAGGAGUCUUUUGCUUCCUUUCUCCUUUUUACAAAAACAAACAUAGAAGAAAAUAAACGCACUUUAUCCACUCCCCAA